GAAGCUUUGGAAAGAGUCGAUGGCGGUUCCACCGAAUAAACAUGCACUGAAAUCGUGAAAAAGUAACUCCCAAAAAUUCAGCAAUUCCAAUUUCCAUGUCAUUGAACGCUUUCAAGGAGGCGCUCAAGCCCUGCAAAUCCACUGUAACGCCGUCCCAAUCAUCUCCAUCUUCUUCGCGAAUUUCUCUAGGUUUUGACCCCUCAAUUCCACUAAGAAAGCCCCCCAAAUCCUCGCUGUCCCGCCAACUUCUCCGCCUCCACGAUGCUGCCGAUUUCUCGCCGCCAAACGAACUCAAAAUAUCGAAACCGGAGCCCAAUUCGAGCGCCGGAAGCAGAAAUGAUAAAUGCGAGGAGGAGGAGAAAGAGGCGGAAAUUCGACCUAGAGCUAUAAAGUUGGAGUCUUCUCGUUCGUUUGAUCACACCGGACCUUAUGAGCCGCUUCUUCUGUCGCUGCCCGGUGAAAUUCCCGUUGUGCAGGUACCGGCGUCGAUUAAUAGUCGACUUUUGGAACAUCAGAGAGUAGGGGUGAAGUUUUUGUAUAACUUGUACAAGAACAACCAUGGAGGAAUUCUUGGAGAUGAUAUGGGAUUGGGGAAGACCAUUCAGACAAUUGCUUUCUUGGCUGCUGUGUUUGGGAAGGGUUCGGAUGAAUCGGAUACUGUUUUAACAUCUCAUAAUGGAAAUCGAGUCGAGAAGAAGGGUCCGGUACUAAUCAUUUGCCCUAGUUCUGUCAUCCUUAAUUGGGAAAGUGAAUUUUCCAAAUGGUCCACAUUUAGUGUUGCUGUUUACCAUGGCGUGAAUCGGGAUUUAGUAAUUGACAAACUAAAAGCAGACGACGUUGAGAUUAUCAUUACCAGCUUCGACACGUAUAGAAUACAAGGAAGCAUUUUGUCAGAUAUCCAGUGGGAGAUUCUUAUUGUUGACGAGGCACACCGGCUUAAGAAUGAGAAGUCGAAACUGUAUACAGCGUGUAUGAAGAUUAAGACGCUGAAGCGCUAUGGUCUGACGGGAACUGUAAUGCAGAACAAGAUAAUGGAAUUGUUCAAUCUAUUUGACCUGGUGGUCCCCGGUGGCUUGGGAACACGGGAGCACUUUCGUGAAUUUUAUGAUGAGCCUCUCAAGCACGGCCAGAGAUCGAGUGCUCCACAACGGUUUGUUCAAAUUGCUGAUGAGCGGAAGCAGCAUUUAGUGUCGGUGCUGCAAAAGUAUAUGCUCAGAAGGACGAAAGAUGAAACCAUAGGGCAUCUCAUGAUGGGAAAGGAAGACAACAUCGUGUUUUGUGCGAUGAGUGAGUUGCAAAAACGGGUUUACCAGAGGAUACUGCGGCUACCCGACAUUCAGUGUCUCAUCAACAAGGACUUGCCAUGCAGUUGCGGCAGCCCUCUCAAGCAAGUCGAGUGUUGUCAAAGGACAGUUCCAAACGGUAUCAUUUGGCCCUAUCUUCAUAAGGAGAACCCUGAAGGUUGCGACUCAUGCCCUUUUUGCCUCGUUCUCCCUUGCCUGGUGAAGCUCCAGCAGAUAAGUAAUCAUCUGGAGCUCAUCAAGCCUAGCCCGAAGGAUGACCACGAUAAGCAAGCGAAGGAUGCGGAAUUCGCUUCCGCUGUAUUCAGCACCGACAUUGAUUUAGUAGGAGGCGGUGCCACCCAGAGUGGCAGCUUCAUGGGCCUCAGCGACGUUACGCACUGUGGAAAAAUGAGGGCUUUGGAGAAAUUAAUGCAUUCCUGGAUUUCGAUGGGUGACAAGAUUCUUCUCUUCAGUUAUUCAGUGAGGAUGCUGGAUAUACUUGAAAAGUUUAUAAUACGGAAAGGCUAUAGCUUUUCGAGACUAGAUGGCUCAACUCCAACUAGUUUACGGCAGUCUCUCGUGGAUGACUUUAACUCAAGUCCGAGUAAACAGGUGUUUCUCAUAUCCACUCGAGCCGGUGGGCUUGGGCUAAAUCUUGUAAGUGCAAAUCGGGUGGUUAUUUUCGACCCGAACUGGAAUCCUGCUCAAGACUUGCAGGCGCAAGAUCGAUCAUUCCGUUAUGGUCAGAAGCGGCAUGUGACUGUUUUCCGUCUACUCUCUGCCGGUUCUCUUGAGGAACUCGUCUACACUAGGCAGGUGUACAAGCAGCAGCUCUCGAAUAUUGCUGUUGCAGGGAAGAUGGAGAAGCGAUAUUUUGAAGGCGUGCAGGAUUCGAAGGAGUUUCAAGGCGAGCUGUUCGGUAUCUGCAAUCUGUUCCGAGAUCUUUCUGAUAAGCUUUUCACCAGCAACAUUGUGGGAGCCCAUGACAAGCAAGGGAUCUAUUUCGAUGAUCCUCCGCAAGAAACAGCUUCUACGUCGUCGUCUGUGGAAUCCGAAGCUAACAAGCCUACAGGUAGAAAAAGAACAAGAACGAGGGCAAACCCAACGCUCGAUGAUCUCGGUGCUGUAUAUGCUCAUCGCAAUGAAGACAUUGUCAACCUCGGAUCCCGGUUUCCGGUAAACGAAAAACAAAGCUCAUCUCCGUCUCCAAAGCGAGACGAAGAGCAGCCAUGCCCGCCUCCGAAGCAAGGCGGAGAAUCUGGUGCUGUAACAGAAGCAGAGGUGAAUUCUUCUCAAGUUUCUGAUGCACCCAAGAAAAGGAAAAUUGGCCAUUCUAGCAUUCUUGCAGUGUUAAUGGGCAUGGAUGAAGCAGAAUUAAACAAGAUAUUACUAGCUUAGAUUUAGUAAGUGUAAAGUGUUGUUGUAUCAUAGUUUGCCGCUGUAUAUAUAUAUAUAUAUAUAUAUAUAUGUAUGUAUUGAUGAAAUGAAACACGAACUAGUUAUUAAAAUUGGACAUGUUUGGCUAUUUGAGGAAUACAAUUGCUCAACUUUUGAGGAUUC